AUGAAAAGAAAAGCAUGUUGUGAGGUUGGAAUCAAGUCUAUUGACAUAGACCUUCCAGAACAAGUACCUGAAGCUGAAUUAAUCGCAAAGGUCCAUGAGUUAAAUGCAGAUCCAAAUGUACAUGGCAUAUUGGUUCAGCUUCCUUUACCAAAACACAUAAAUGAAGAAAAAGUGUUAACAGAAAUCAGCAUCGACAAGGAUGUGGAUGGGUUUCACCCUCUCAACAUUGGCAAACUUGCUAUGAAAGGAAGAGAACCCCUUUUUCUUCCUUGCACCCCAAAGGGAUGUAUUGAGCUUCUGAAACGCAGUGGAAUUAGCAUAAAGGGAAAACGUGCAGUUGUUGUUGGUAGAAGUAACAUUGUUGGGUUACCAGUUUCACUACUUCUAUUGAAGGAAGAUGCAACAGUUACUGUUGUUCAUUCACGUACAGAGGAACCAGAAAGUAUGAUCCGUGAGGCAGAUAUUGUUAUUGCUGCAGCAGGACAACCCAUGAUGAUAAAGGGUAGUUGGAUAAAAAGUGGUGCUGCGGUUAUUGAUGUGGGGACGAAUGCGGUGGAUGAUGCUACCAGAAAAUCAGGAUAUAGGCUUGUGGGUGAUGUUGACUUUGACCAAGCAUGUAAAGUUGCGGGAUGGGUUACGCCUGUUCCAGGGGGUGUGGGGCCCAUGACUGUGGCCAUGCUGCUUAAAAAUACUUUGGAGGGUGCCAAGCGGGUGAUUGGGCAGUAAACUAACCGAUUUGAUUUCAAGUUGUUUCGGUUUCUGUUACAAAGAAAUCUUGCAUAUCAUGUAUGGUGUUGUAGCUUUUUGAGCAUAUAAGCUCAUUUUGUAUUUUGUUUUGAAUCAUAUUGUGAGUGUAUAAUUAUGAGUAUUGUCCAUUUUUAUUUUACAAUGGGUUGGGCUUUUUGAUUA